AUGCCUCCUUACACCCAAUACUCGUUCUUACUAUAUCUUUAUGCUGUAAUUUGUGUCACUCUCUUUGUAUCAGGACAAAAUAAACCCAAAGAAAAUCAAGAUGAAGCGAAUAAUUUACCUCCAAUUUUUUCGUUGUCAAAUUAUUUGAAUAUAUCCUCUGUUCCCCUCUCCGAAAGCAUUCGUUGCUCCGAUGAUAUACGAACCUUAUGCACUGGUAGCGAAUUAUCUGACUUCGAGACGAUUCGCUGUUUACAGAUUACGCAUAAAGAAUGUCGUAGACAUCUUAAUUACAUCGGCGAAAUAAUUUUUUCUGAUUACAGACUAGUGUACAAGUUUAUAGACUCCUGCCAUGAAGACAUUGAACAUUAUAAAUGCGGUCGGCUUUCCAUGGAUCCACCUGCACAGAAUGAAUCUAUACGCUCAGAUGUGAAGUCCCAAGGUUCUACGAUCCAUUGCCUGACGUUGCGCGUUGAAAAGUUAACUCCUGCUUGCAGAUCACAAAUAAUGCGUAUUGGCGAGCUUCAAUCGGACGACUUUCAUCUUGAUAGACCGCUCUUCUAUGCCUGCCGUGAUGACAGAGAGCGGUUUUGUCGUGAUAUAGAAUCCGGAGACGGCCGUGUUUAUGAGUGUUUGUCAAAACACAAGUACCAUAGCUUGAUGUCUCGAGACUGUUCAAUGGCCCUGUCGGAAAGAAUCCGCCAAUCUUAA